UGGAAGUUACAUACUGAUUCUGGAAUAUCUUGUACGCAAACAUGGUUACCAAACAUAACAAUCAUAGUAGGUAGUUAGUUACGUAGCUUCUUUCUUUGCACGGCAAAACACAAGGCCCCUACCAUCUCCUUCAUGGACCAUGAAACACCAUCUCAAAUCAAUAGCUGAACAUGGAAAACGUGUCUUCAACCAGAACCAGGGACUCAUUCAUCUUGGCAAACUUGGCCAAGUUGAAGACGCUGUCACUGUCUUCGAAACCAUGCCCCACAAGAACCUUGUAACUUACAAUUCCAUGGUUUCGGUUUUUGCUAAAAAUGGUAGGAUCAAUGAUGCCCGCAAACUGUUUGAUAAAAUGCCCCAUAGAAACCUGGUUUCUUGGAACACCAUGAUUGCUGGGUAUGUUCACAACAACAUGGUUGAAGAAGCCGCUCACUUGUUUGACACAAUGCCUCGCAGAGAUAACUUCUCAUGGGCUUUGAUGAUAACUUGCUAUUCGCGUUAUGCGAAGAAGGGUCACUUCCGCGAGGCCGAGGAAGUGUUUGAGCGGACACCGGUAAAGGAUUUGGUUUCUUACAACUCGAUGUUAGCCGGGUAUACCCAGAAUGGUAAAAUGCAUCAAGCAUUGCAGUUUUUUGAGAGGAUGACCAACAAGAACGCAGUUUCAUGGAACUUGAUGAUUGCUGGGUUUGUUAACUGUGGUGAUCCUAGUUCUGCUUGGCAGUUGUUUGAAAAGAUUCCAAAUCCUAGUGCUGUUUCUUGGGUUACGAUGUUGUGUGGAUUUGCAAGACACGGUAAGAUUAUGGAGGCUAGGAAGCUUUUUGAUAGUAUGCCUGAUAAAAACGUGGUCUCGUGGAAUGCAAUGAUUGCAGCCUAUGUCCAAGACUUGCAAAUUGGUGAAGCUGUAAAGCUGUUCAAGGAAAUGCCAGAUAAAGAUUCUGUGUCAUGGACUACAAUAAUUAAUGGGUACAUUAGAGUUGGUAAGCUUAACGAGGCAAGGAAAAUUUAUAAUCAGAUGCCUUGCAAGGACACGGCAGCACAAACUGCUUUGUUGUCCGGAUUAAUACAGAAUGGAAGAAUAGAUGAGGCUGGUCAAAUGUUCAGUCGAAUUCAUGUUCGCGAUGCUGUUUGUUGGAACAGCAUGAUUUCAGGCUAUUCACAGAGUGGAAGAAUGGAAGAAGCUUACAACCUAUUUAGACAUAUGCCCAUCAAGAAUGCAGUUUCGUGGAAUACUAUGAUUUCCGGGUACGCUCAGGCAGGGAAGAUGGAUCGAGCAGCAGAGAUCUUUCAUUCCAUGGAAGCAAGGAAUAUAGUUUCUUGGAAUUCUCUUAUUGCAGGUUUUCUACAAAAUAGCUUAUACUUGGACGCUGUUAAGAGUUUUGUUAUCAUGGGACAGGAAGAACAGAAACCAGAUCAAUCAACUUUUGCAUGUGCCUUAAGCGCGUGUGCGAAUCUUGCAGCCUUGCAAUUAGGCAAGCAGCUCCAUGAAUACAUUCUGAAGAGUGGUUAUGUAAAUGAUAUCUUUGUUAGUAAUGCCUUGAUUGCCAUGUAUGCAAAAUGUGGAAGGGUACAGAAGGCAGAACAGGUGUUCAGAGAUAUCUGGCGCGCAGACCUUAUCUCUUGGAACUCCCUCAUUUCGGGUUAUGCUUUGAAUGGAUUAGCAAAUGAGGCGUUUAAGGCCUUCGAGCAGAUGUUAUCAGAGGGGAUUGCUCCAGAUGAGUUUACCUUCAUGGGUAUGUUAUCAACAUGCAGUCAUGCCGGUUUAGCUCUGAAGGGUUUGGCUUUGUUUAAAUGCAUGGUUGAAGAAUUUAGCAUUGAACCCUUGGCUGAACAUUACAGCUGCCUAGUUGAUUUGCUUGGCCGUGUUGGUAGGUUUGAGGAAGCCUUCAAUGUAAUGAGGGGUAUGAAGGUGAAAGCAAAUGCUGGACUAUGGGGUUCGCUGCUUGCGGCUUCUCGAGUACAUAAAAACCUUGAACUCGGUAGAGUAGCAGCCAAGAUGCUUUUGGAACUCGAACCUGCUAAUGCCUCCAACUAUGUUACUUUGUCAAACAUGCUUGCAGAGGCAGGAAGAUGGAAAGAGGUUGAGAGGCUAAGGGUGCUCAUGAGGGAGAAACAAGCUACGAAACUUCCCGGAUGCAGCUGGAUUGAAAUACAAAAUCAAAUACAAUCUUUCAUCUCCGACGAUCCCUCAAAGUCGAGAGCUGAAAAUAUUCCGUUUAUAUUGAAUAGUUUAACUGAACACAUUAGGGACAAAUGUAUAUCUGAUAUGAAUCAAUCAUUGGAAUUUUAUGAUUGGAGAUACCAAAGUGUUAGCCUGCCAAGAGGUUAAUUAAAGUAGCAAAAAACCUUUUUGAAUGAAA